AUGGACGCCCAGAUGAACAUCCACCAGGUUCGUUUUUUUCUUAAAUUAUUUUUUUUCGGAGAGAAAAUGGCUAUUUCAUAGAAUUUUUUUCAAAUCUUUUUGUUCGAUUCGAACACGGACUGAAUUGAAUAAUUCUAAAAAAAUUAGCCUAAAAAAAUAUAAUUUAAAAAUCAGUCUUAUAUCAAACUUCAACGUCUUUUGCUGAACUCCUCAGAUUUUUUUCGAGACGUUUUGAGAUGAGAUUUCGUCUCGGAAUGUCUCGUAAAAAUUGCUCUCAUCUUGUAUCGAGACAGAAAAAGAAACUACCGUAAUUCGAGCUUUUUCUUGCUCUGCUAUUUUUUCUACUUCUCCCAGCCGAAAAAUAGGUUUUCAAAGGCUUGAAAACUUCGAAAGAUGAUAAACUGCAAGGAGUUAAACUUUUUUUGGCUUUUUGCAGAUUUCUGUUAAUUUUUUAGCAAAAAAAUUAAGACCAUUUCUAUAAAAAACAUCACCUUCAAACUCGAAGGAAAAACCGACAACCAAUUUGAAUGUCCCAACCUGAAAAACGACUGUAAAUGAACGAUUAGACUUUUUCUUUUUUUUCUUUCUAAACUUUUUUUGAACACGGGUAUUUUCAAGAAUAAAAAAAUCGGAGCAGAAUUUGCGUUUGGAUGAAAACCUUAGCAACUCAAGCUUUGCCCGAUUGCCGAAAAAAAUAUUAAUACUUUGAAAAAUUCCUAUCUUUAGCAAUAGGAUUUCGUUCCGAGUAUAUUUAUAUGAAGGUUUUUCAGGGCCAAAAAUUUACAAGAAUUCACAAAAAAAUAAUUUCAAAUUUUUCAGACCACAAGAUCCGCCGGCUCACAAACCGACGAGGUUGGAUUUUUCUUUUCUCAAGUUUUGUAAAAAAAUGGGACAGCAUCAGCGUUGCAAAAAAAUGAAAAAGAUGUUGCUAAUAUUGCUAAUUUUUUUCGUUUACUUGAAUUUUAUAGUAAAAAUUGUUCUCACUAAGUAAACGAAGAAGCUGAGCGUUCAGAAAUCGACUUAGGCUCUUUCUACAAUUUCUUUUCGAACUUUGUAUGAUUGUAUUUUUUUAUCAGUACUUUCAAAUUUUAUAAGUCUUCAUUAAACUAAACUUUAUAGAAUUUGAUAUAUCUUUGAGACCUAAGUGCUCGAAUUUUUAUAACACAACAACUUUCUUUCCCCGGAAAAAAGUCACUUUGAAGUCAAGUCACUCUUCAAAAAUCGCAAAGUUGUCAAGUAAUUUUCUUAAAAAAACAUUUGAAAAAAAUUUUUUUCAUUAAUGAAUAGAUUAAGGCCAAAAAAAGUUUAGUAGAAAAGAAGAAUGAAAAACAGAAAACUUUUAACGAUAAUCUAUUUAGGAAAGGUGGGUGUUCGAUGAGGUUCUGGUCCAGCGUGAUGGCCAGGACGUUGAGCUUUAUUUCGAAGCUCAGGUGAGACUUUUUCAAGCUGAUUUCACAUAAAUACUCGCUUCGACUGCGCGAAAAAUGUUGAUGGAGACAUUUUGAAAAAUUUUAAAAAAAUUUAAAUUUUUCCUAUAUAUUUAUCCUUAUUUCAAGAAUAAAACCUUUCAAUUACGAAUAAUUAAUAAUUCGAAAUUUCAGGAGGACCGCCCAAGCCGCGACUGCGGCAAUCAAACCGCGGUGAGCUUUUUUUUUUCGAUAAAACGGAACACCUCAACUUUGCGAAAUACAAGCUCCUACUUUGCGAAAUAGCUCGCACUUUCCUUUUCGUAGACACAUGGGAAAGCUCUCACGCAUCAGAAAGAAUACUCGAAGAAAAGAAAUAAUUGCGAGAGUUGGACGCAUGAAAAUAAGAAAGUUCAUGCGUUUCAGCAUAUAACGAAAAAUCAUGAAAUUUUUCUAAAAAAUAUUUUUUUGACCACCGCAAUAAAAAAACAUUUUCAGCGGCUCCCGGAAAGAGUGGUCGACCGUGCUCUGGCCGCCCAAGAACAGCGUAUCCGCUACUUCCUGGAUACGCUGAAGGCCAGGACUCAGCACGGAGGUACAGAACAGUUUCAGAAGUAUCAGUCAUUCUCACGAUUCUCAGCUAACUUGACGAAUCCAACUUUUCAAGCUUCCAGCAAAAAAACGGUUCACGAUUUUUUGCUCAAAUUCUAGAUAGGCUGCAAAGCUUCUGGAAACUUGGAAAUUUGUAACCAUGAUAAGGAAGACGAAAAAUCCGUCCAAAAUGAGAAGAAAAGUCUUUAUCCUCUCUACGAGUUGAUCAUUAUUAGUAGGUCGAACUUUUUUGAUCAAAUACGGAGAUUUCGAGUAUGAAAUUUUUUUAAUAAAUCGAAAAAUUGAAUUGUUUGAAAAAAUAUUUAAGAUCCACAUCAGUACCUGACUAGGACAAAGCUUACAGCUAGAAGUACUUCACCGAAAAAGAAAAAUGAAUGAAUAAAAAGGGAUUUGACAACUUUUUCGCCCUUUUUGCAGCUUAUAUCAAGUCUGUCAACUAUUCAAAAAUUAACUCAACGAUGGAAAAAAACAGCGAGACCAGUGAAAUUUGAAUUGAAAAGAAAGAAAUCCCAGCUCUUUUUCUAUAUACUUUUUUUCCAUAAACAAAAUAUAUAAAGCUGUUGGAGCGUCCUAACCCUGAGAACCGGAUAUAGGUUUUUUUUUAUUUAGGCUCAGACCUUGGUAAGGCUAAUGGGACGCGAAUCGGACGUGUCGGGGCCUUUCUAGUGACUACUUUAGUAGCCUCAGAACUCUCAAGUGAUUCCUAGAAUCGCGCAGAGUCGUCCGGAGCACGUCCGUUUCGCGUUACCAAUGUCCGAGGGAGAUCUUAAAAAGCAAUUUAGCGAAGUAUCGUCGUAAGUUCAACCCGGGGCUGAAAAACGUUCCCUAGCGAGAAAUAAAAAAAAAUCAAUAUCACAGAUAAAAAAAAUAUUUAAACCUUUUUUCAGGACCACCGAGAAAGGACGCCGGAACGGAAACCGACGAGGCGUGGGCCGAAGAAAAGGAGAAAAAGGAGGAGCUCGAAAAAGAGCUCAAAAAAAGAGACGAAGAGUUGAGGUACGAAUUUAUCAGAAGCCCAAAUAAGAACUGAAUAAACUAGAAGAUGAAACUAAGUCUUAUACAGAGAAAUAAUCAUUCGAUUCUGAAACCGAUUUUUUGAAAGAUCGAAUUUCGCAUAAAACCAAGGUACUACUUUUUACUUUUUCGAAAAUUCGGUUUUUUUUAUUUUUAUUUUUUUACUGAACCCUAUCAAUCAGAAGCUGUAUCACCUUGGAGUAAAAAUAUUGUUUCGAACUGCAAGAAUUUCCAAAAACUUUGAACAGAGAAAAAAUUAUGAUAGAAAAAGUGUGAUUGAAGAAUUAUUCGGUCGCGAUUUUAAGCAAGUGUAUCAUCAAAGUGAGAAGAAACCAAGCUGAGAAAAAUAUUCACAGAAAAUAAAAUUGAAGUCACAACUUUCAAUCAAUUCAGUAAUGUUAUAGGGAAGAAAAGAAGAAGACGAUCGAGGCGAAAGCCGAAAACGGCCGUCUGACGGCGAACCUGGCCCAGACGACGCUCGCGCUGGGAUGUUCCUUGGCCCAAGGUCAUUUCUCUUUUUCAUGAAUUCAUUAAUAAAAUCAUUUGCAGAAGAAGUCCUGCGCCAGGAACUUCAACUUCUCCGCGCCAGGCUCGCCCAAGCCGAGGAGGAGAAAGGCAGGCUGGCUGCCCAACUCCAGGUUACUUGAAAACUGAAUUAAUCACCUGUAGAAGUUUGGCAGAUCAGUUAUUGCUUAAAAUACAUCGACUUGACUUCAAAACAUGAUCGAAUCCAUUUGAAGCUCUUUUCUAUCUCAAUCAAAGCUGAUGUGUUGAAAUAGUCAAUAGUCAAGCUCUUUAUUACAACAUUUACUCCUUUCGGUAGUAUGAAAAAAAAGGCCAGCGAGUUUCGAACGGCGACUUUACCGAUUUUCGCUAGGGAACUUUUCGACGGAGUUUUUUCCGACUUUUUAAACUCUUAUUUUUAAAUGUUCCUAUAUAAAGUAGGUAAUCGAUUCAUGAUUAAAACACAAAAAAAAAAAAAUAUGAAUAAAUGCUUUAUAAACCGAAAAAAAUAAAAAGAGAAAAAAAGUUGGAUAGUUCCCUAGAGAUAUGAAAAAAUCGGAAAAGUUUUAGUUCGAAAUAUUGUUGCCUUUUUUAUAGUAACCUCCUUUCAUGUCUGGAAUAAUCGAUUGGACGAGUUAUCAGAAACCAAUAAAACAUAGAAAAAAAUCAAAGUGAAAUCAUUUAGGCCGCCGUUCUGGCCAUCGACAUCCCCGUCGAAGCGGAGCUGGUGAGAUUUUCUUUUUUUAAAUAAAAAAAUUAUCUAGUACUAGUUGCCAUGAAAUUGUAAAGGAUCUAUUUCAAAGUUCAGAGUUUAAAUUCCAAGUUAUAUUCGAAAUCAGACUUUUCAUAUUUUCCGUUUUUACAAUAAGCCUUUUGAAUUAAAAAAAUAUAUACACAAACAUUUUGCUAAUUAAGCAACGAAGUGAAUGAUUUAAGGCCGCCGAGAUCCAGCCGCAAGAGGACGAAGCUGAGCUUCUUCUCCGCCCUGAAGUGAGGAUUUUUUUUCAUGAAAUUUUUAUUUUCGAAGCUGUCGCGGGCACUAUGGGCACUGCACUUUAUGAAAAAAAAUGCCUUCAAGAGUCUUUACAAAAAGUUCAAAUCUCUGUCUCGACAUGAAAUUAGCUCUUCGAUAAUACUUCUCAGAAAAUUGUGAAGUUCUGGGUUAAAAAAAAAGACAACCGAAGUCGGCGAUUAGCUUUCAUAUUAAAACCUUCAACAAAAAGCUUAAUUAAUAUAUCAAUUUCAAAAAUACCCAUCUAAAGGAAACUUCAAGUAUUUUGAACUUCAACUGCGAAGACUUUCAAAAUAAUGACAACAACGGAAAAAGUCGGCUUCUAGACCAAAUAUUCUUUUAAAAGAAAAAAUAACGCAGUUCCUUCACGCCCGAUCACAACUAUAAGUGGCGACCUCUGCCAAUUUGAAAAAGUUUUUAAAAUCACGUUUAAUCCAUUACGAAGCUGGUUUAGAGAGCUUCAGUCUAUGUCUCGAAUUCCUUUUUCGGAGCCUUUUCUAAUAAUUUUGAUUUUAUUUUUUUAUGACGUGUUCAAUUUGAUUCCGCGAAAUGCAAAAUACCCGUUAGAGAAAGGAAAAGAUCACUAAAUUUUGGAGAGUCAGAGACCAUUUUGCAUUUCGCGGAAUCAAAUUGAACACGGCAUUAUACUUUCUAAUUUUCUCAAUAUAAUAUCUAAGUUAGCCGAAAUCCUUUCUUUAACCGGAUCAUAAUAAAUAAACUGUUUCUAUAACAUAAAAAGCUUUUCGACUUCAAAAAAAGAUUCAAACUUUUCAGAGCGUUUCAAUAAAUUACUUUGAAAAGAAUUAUGUAAUUUUUUUAUUGUUAUUGAAGUGAAAUAAUGAUAACCCUUGAUAGUUUUAUUCUUUCAUAAAAUAGGUGAAAAAAAGUUCGAAAGCUAUUUAAUUUUUUUAAAAGCUAUUUUUAAAAACUUUUCAAACUGCUAAUUCUUUAUGUAAAGCUAUCGCUAUUCGAAUCAGUGUACCUGAGAAUUUUCGAGUGAAGGUAAAUUGGAAGGCCUGCCGUUGUGGUUUCUGAAAAUGAGAUCGGGAUUAAACGAAUGGGAAAAAUUUUCUUGAACUUCCUAUUUCUUCAAAUGAAAUCAGGGCUACGGAAAGAGUUUGUAGAUUUGAAAGAGAGAGAAAGAAAGUUUUACGGAUACUUCAUAUUCUUCCAACUUGAAAAUUAACAGAAACAAAUUUAGAUGGACCAGGCAAGUCCCAGGAAGCGGAGAAGAAGCUCUUCUUCCCACUCGGACGGACCCUCCGUCAAGAGGUCGCGAAGUGGAGGAGAAAGCCCGGACGUCUUCCGCACGCCGGAACGUGGCGUCGAGCAAGCCAGAAAUGGCCACGACGCCACUCCGGGCUACGAAGAAGGAGAAGAAGGAGGGGAGCCGGAGUUGGAAGAAGAGGACGAGGUCGUCCCGGAGAGCGACCAAGAAGAGCUCGCCGAGUCCUCUUCUUCCGGCACAACAUCGCCGGCCCUCGUCGACCCCGCCACGAUCACCGCAGCCUCCGACGACGCCACCAAGGACGCCGCCCACGCCGCCAGCUCAGCCAACGAGACGGGUUAG